AUGGUUGGCAACACAGACUCUUUGAGCCCCGACAAUGUGGUGGGGCUGGCGGCUCGAGCUCUCCGUCCUGACGACAGCUCCGAGUUCAGCCUCAAGACGCCCUACGAAGCUGUCGCUCUCAUCGGCCACGCUGCGCUGGUGGCUGUCGGCUUCAGGCUGGUUGGGCUUGGUGAAGAUCAUACGAUAGAAAGCUCGUCCGACAGCCCGUCCCUCCCCGCAGAAUGGAAUGCCGAUUCCACAUCGUCUUUCCGAUACGCUCACUCCCAAUCGUCGAUGCAAUACCUGCUGAAGAUUAGCCGUCUUGGAAACAAUGCUGUUGUUUUCGCCCUGGCUUUAGGCGAUGAUCGCACGACUUCUUUCGACGUCCCCGUCAGAGACUAUGUUUCUGGAUCGGCUCUGCCUCUUUCAUCAUCUGCAGACUUGACAACUUCUCUUAGAGAAGUAUUUAUUUCCGGAUCCCGUCUGACAGACCUCAUCUCGUUGUUCAAAAUCAACGUGAUACAGAAACUCGCGCCCGGCCUCUACAAGGAAGGACAAGAAACCUCGCAAGCUACGGAAAGACAACCAGAGCGAGCGCCGCAACUCGAAAGAGCACCAAGACACGAUCCAUUGAGAGACGACCAAUACCCGCCUGCCCGGCCGUAUCCAUUUGAUGAUCCCCUGGCAAUACCUCCUCGCAGACCGGGCCCCGUUCCCGAUUUCGCACCACCAGGGUUCGAAGACGAAUUCGAGAUCCAGCGCCCCGCACGCGGUUACCCUGGCGCCGGCAGACAUCCGCUAAAUAUUGGAGAUCGCGACCUCUACCCUCCUGGCCUCGGACCGAAUGACCCCAUACGAGGCGGUGUUGGACCUGGUUUGACCGGUGGCGGUGGUGGCAUGCAUCCCACCUUUGAUGAUCCUCUUUUUGGAGGACCUCAAGGCGGCGGAUACGACCCUCAAGCACCGCCUGGCGCAAGAUACGAUCCAGUAGGCCCCGGACAAGGGCCCCCGUUCGGCCAAGGCUUGGGUCGAGGCCGGGGUGGCCCUGGCGGACCGGGAUCUGGGGGUUUUGGUGGAUUUGGUGGAGGGUUUGGCGGUGACAUCAUUUGA